CACAUACACACACACACACACACACACACACACACACACACACACACCCUCCUCCCCUAUUGCUGCAGUGUCUCAGAACUGCCUUGGAGCUAACAAGAGGGGAAAUAGCACACCGACAAUUAUUAGAGGAGGAGAGAGAGCGCAACACAACGAGUGAAUGAGUGCAUGUGUGAGAGGAGAUUCGGGCAGAUUCGAGGAUGUUGGUGAUUCAGGACUAAAGGGACUGUUUGCUUGCUCCCUCUGCCUCCCAAGCGAAUGUUUGUCUGCAGCAUUGCUGGUGAAUGGACGGCAAGCAGUGAAACGCAGGAACAUGGGCCUGUAGCUACCCCAAUGGCUUAUGCAGACAGGAGAAUAUAGUACACAGAAGCCUAAAACAUUUAACAAGAACAAAGGUCUGACAUUCCAAGCAAGAGAACUUGAGUGAAGACUAAAGGACGGAAGGGGUUAUCAACAGAUGAACCAGACACGGAAAUACAGUGAAGCACACUGGACACCAUGAGGAAGGACAGCGAAGGGAUUUUAUGGUUCCGACCUUCUCUCUCUGAACAUUGAACAAGUCAAUUUGAAGCCGAACGUGUUCAGGGGUGUGUCCCCUGAUGUAAACCUCAAAUCCUUGGGAUAUAAAAGGCAACCACGCCCUUAAAUCACGGCCUGAGUGGGUCAUCCACCAUGUCAUGGUAGCAUUGUAUGCCAAAAUACCAAACCUUGAGAAAAUCCAAGAUGAUUGCUAGACUUUGACGAUGCAAGUUGUGUAAAUUGAAUAGGAAACUUGUAGGUCUGACAUUUCUAGCUAAAUCUUCCCCUAGCAUAAUUUCGACUCUAUCAACGCAACAUUUUUACAUUGCAAACUUUGUUUUUACUCUGCACCUUCCCACUACCUGGGAUUACCAACUCCAGGUGCAGCAAACCAUGGGGUGUCGGCAAAGUUCAGAGGAGAAGGAGGCCGCCCGGCGCUCACAGCGCAUUGAUCGGCACCUUCGCUCGGAAAGCCAGCGGCAGCGCCGUGAGAUCAAACUCCUGCUGCUCGGCACCAGCAACUCGGGCAAGAGCACCAUCGUGAAGCAAAUGAAAAUCAUCCACAGUGGAGGUUUUAACCUCGAGGCCUGCAAGGAGUACAAGCCCCUGAUCCUCUACAAUGCAAUCGACUCACUCACCCGCAUCCUCCGUGCCCUCGCCACCUUGAAGAUCGACUUCCACAACCCGGAUCGGGCUUACGAUGCGGUGCAGCUCUUCGCCCUCACCGGCCCUGCUGAGAGCAAAGGCGAGAUCACAACGGAGCUCCUGGGGGUGAUGAAGCGCUUGUGGGCUGAUCCAGGGGUCCAAGAGUGCUUCUGCCGCUCCAAUGAGUACCACUUAGAGGACAACACGGCGUAUUAUCUGAAUGACCUGGACCGCAUUUCUGCGGCAGAGUACAUCCCGACUGUUGAGGACAUUCUGCGCUCACGUGACAUGACCACUGGCAUUGUGGAGAACAAAUUCACCUUCAAGGAGCUCACCUUUAAAAUGGUGGACGUGGGUGGCCAGCGUUCAGAGAGGAAAAAGUGGAUCCACUGUUUUGAGGGUGUGACUGCCAUUAUAUUCUGUGUGGAGCUCAGUGGCUACGACCUCAAGCUUUACGAAGACAACCAGACGAGUCGCAUGGCCGAAAGCCUUCGUUUGUUUGACUCAAUCUGCAACAACAACUGGUUCACCAAUACCUCACUCAUCCUCUUUCUCAACAAGAAGGACCUGCUGGCCGAGAAGAUCAAACGUAUUCCGUUGACGGUCUGUUUUGCCGACUACAAAGGCCAGAACACCUACGAAGAGGCGGCCGUCUACGUGCAGCGACAGUUUGAGGACCUCAACCGCAACAAGGAGACCAAGGAAAUCUACUCGCACUUCACUUGUGCCACUGACACCAGCAACAUCCAGUUUGUGUUCGAUGCGGUGACGGACGUGAUCAUCCAAAACAAUCUCAAGUACAUUGGGUUGUGCUAGGACAAGGGGAUAGGGUGAGAGGGGCGGCAUGCAUGGUAAACAAAAAAAACCAUUGUGAAAGACAAGGCCAGCCUGUCGAGCUAUCUGGGUUCCCUCACAAUCACUUGUCGAAACAGUAAACUGAGAUGAGGACAAGAGGAAAGGGCUACAUGCUGCCAUCCUGCUAGAUUUAUCAAUGUCAAAACUUAAAGGAAUAGUUCACCCAAAUAUGAAAAUUCCUUUUGUGUUCCAGGGAAAAAAGAAAGUCAUACAGAUUUGUAAUGAAUAGAGGAUGAGUAAAUGAUGACAGAACUUUCAUUUUUGGGUGAAUUGCCUUUAAAGGUCAAGGUAGAUUUUACAAGGUUGGGAUAAAUGUGUUUGCACUGGACAUAUGAGUAUGUAGACACACACACAUUGUUAUGUUUGUUCACACACAACAGACUUUGGGAUCAGCUGUCAAGCACCUUUGUGACAUGGAAUCACUGGAAACAUCUCUCCAUUCCUCUCUUCCCUGAGAAACAGCAGGAAUUCCAUACCAUCAAUUAGUUUUCUCUUUCUUUUUAGGGUCUUUGAUUUGCCUGAAUCAAGAUAUGCUGCUUUGGAGAGGAUAUAUAGAGUGUAUAUGAAAACAUGCAAGUAUAUAUGAGGUUACAAGUAUCCUGGGUCUGAGUCUGAGAGAAAAAAAUUAACUGAUGUCAUUUGGUUCUGUUACAAAGGUGAAAACUGCCUCUGUGUAAAGUUGGAGUCAAAUGGCUUUUUACAAAAGUUCACACUGUUGUUUAUAUUUGGCUGUCUGACCCCAAGGAAGCAAUCUAUUUUCUUGUUGCUUUUUGUUAUGUUUUCUUUUUGUCUAAAAUAGGAGUUUUUAGAGCAAGAGUCCUUCUUUCCAUGAGAGUGUCACACUGAAGUGAGCGUUAAGUGUUUCAUUACGAUCAUUCCAGAAUCAACAAAGAAUAAACAGUGCCAAUAUAAUUGUAAAUAAAAAAAGGCCCAUUAAUAAUGUUACUUUUUUGUUUUUUUUAUAGACAAUAAGUAUAUACAUGUAUAUAUUGAAACAUUAAAAUAUGCAUGAUUUUGUUAUUUUGGGAUUUUGAUAAAUUAUAGUUUGAUUUGCUUUCAUAUUUUUAUUUGUUUUACUAACAUGCUCCAAAAAAUAUAUCAAAGUCAAACACUGUGUACGAUUGUACAUUUGUUUCCAGAGAGGUAUUUAUUGAAAAGAGUUUUAUGAGCGGAAAAUGUCAUUUACGUCCAGCGCAACCUAAACGCAGCACAAAAAUAUUAAAAGAGGAUUUACUCUUCAAAACAAUUCUGCAAAAGAAAAAAAGAGUGGGUGGGGAGGGGGAGAAACGAGCAAAUCUUUCUAUUCUGGUGUCAUUUUAAGUGGACGUUGUCCGCUGUAUUUGUAAAUACUAUGUGAGGUAUACUUUGUGAGACAAUGAAAAAACAAAGAAACAAAUAAUUACGAAUAAAAGAACAAUAAUAGUGAAUAAAUGGAAUUAUGCAAAUGCUGUUUGUGCUGCAGGUUUGUUUUCUUGUGUUGGGGUGAGGCUUAACUUUUCUUAGUGAUAGAAGUUACACAUAAUUGCAGCCUGGUGUCAUGAACAUUACACGAUGGCAACAUUUUUGCAAA